AUGACAACUAGUCGUCCCCAACCUCUGUUCUACCAAUCGUCGAAAUUACAAUUGUACCUACGCUGCCCGGGAUUCCAAACUAUCCAUAAUACCCAAACAUUGAGAAUUAAUGAUCUCAAAAUGCGUCCGAAUGACUUUGAGAUCAAUGGCACCGUCUAUUAUGUCAGUAUCAUCCAGAGAUACACUAACACACCAACUCCUGAAUCCGUCAAACUCAAUAAUGCUAGAGGUGGAAUCAAGCAUGACGUGGAUAAGUAUGGUCUCCGUGAAGAGGGAAUAUAUCGAGACGCCGCAAAAGUUAAUGAAUUGGAAAAUCAAUUACAAUCGAUGGUGAGCCAUCGUGAGACUCUGAGAUGGAGAUGUGAUGUGGUGCGCAGUCUGGAUCUUGCGAUUGAAGAGAAAAAGUUAAAAAUUUCUGCAUAUCGUCUGCGAAUGAGUAAUCAAGUACCACCAUUUACCCAUGAUCUGCAACUGACGUUGACAAAUGGAGCAAUACAGAAAAUGGAGCAUGUGGCGUAUGACAAGAAUCUCAAUUUUACCAGGGAUUACAUUCUUAAAAGGAUCUUUGGAGUAGCUCAGAGAAAUGUUAUAAUCAAAAACCUACAUGUUGGACAUGACGAUUUCGACUUACACGAUAUGUUCUACCUCCGAAUUGCUGCAGAAGAUCCAGUGCAAGAUACGUUUCAGGAACGCGGGCCGUACAACGCAUUCCAAUUGAGCCGUUGUGAAGAUCAAAUGGAACCAUUGUUGCCAGUUCCAGAAGGAAAAUUGGGAAUCGGAGAGAUGCGAGUCACUGGGAAUCUAAUCAACGCGCUGGCUAGUAUAAAGACAAGUCUAUCAGUGAGCAAUCCACCGUUGAAGAAGGUAACAUGUGCCUAUCAACCACUUCCGGAUGACCCAGUGCUUCAAAACGCUGAAUUUUUGUUUGUCGAUGGAAUUUGUAGUCUGAAAGUGUUCAAUGGUAGACUCAACAAUCGAAUUCAUCUCACGGAAUGUGAUGUAGUGCAAACGGAUUUUAUGGAUCUUCUUAAUGUAUGUACGAAGGUUGGACAAUUCUACUCCAUCGGGUUCCAAGAUCAAACAAGUAUAGAGGAAUUCUUCGGGAUGUUCAGAAACCUUCCAGGCGUGGAGAGAGGAGUAAGCGAUGAGUCAAGAUUGUCCCAAUUCCCAGAAUGUAUCAUUAUCCCGAUGGGAGACGAGACCGAGUUGAAUGUGUGGGUUGACGAAACAAACGAUGAGGAUAAAGAGUACUGUGACACUAGAUUCAUAGUGAAGAUCGAAAUACAAAAAAGAGGUGACGCACAAAUCAAUUAA